UCGGGAUUUCAGAUUCUCUGGUUCUCUCUCUAUCUCUCUCUCUUCCCUCAACGACGAUGGAAGCGGUGCGGAUGGAGGAACUGACCUCAGGUGCUAGUGGUCGUAUAAUUCCAGUUUUCAAUUCUCUGAAGCGUGCCUUCAUCUUCAUUCAAUCUACAUUAGUUUGGUUUCUUCUUCUGUUGCCUCGGAACCUCUUGUGGGUCUACUCGUCACCCUCCCUUUCCUCUCCCGAGCGGAUUGCGGUUUUCAAGAGGAGAGAUGAAGAAGAUGCAUUGAGACGGAGAGUUUUGGCUGAGGGUCUGGAGAUGAUCUCCGGAACAGAUGAGGGGAAUGUUUGCCGCUGGAGUACGUCAAUAUUUUUCGGAGUCAGGAAGAACGCUUUGUUCUGUCGUUCUUGGAUUCCCAUCUCUGGAGAAAUGAAGGGCAUCAUAAUCAUUAUUCAUGGACUUAAUGAACACAGUGGAAGAUAUGCUCAUUUUGCUAGGCAACUAACCUCAUGCAGUUUUGGGGUUUAUGCAAUGGACUGGGUAGGUCACGGCGGGAGUGAUGGAUUGCAUGGAUAUGUACCUUCACUUGAUCAUGUUGUUGCAGAUGCUGGAGCUUUCUUGGAGAAAGUUAAACUGGAGAAUCCAGAAAUUCCAUGCUUUCUCUUUGGUCAUUCUACGGGUGGUGCUGUGGUGUUGAAGGCUGCUUCUUAUCCUCGCAUCAAAUGCAUGCUGGAGGGAAUAGUACUAACGUCACCGGCUUUGCGUGUUAAACCAGCACACCCAAUCGUUGGGGCUGUGGCACCUCUAUUCUCUCUUGUUGCUCCCAGAUUCCAAUUCAAAGGUGCGAAUAGGAGGGGAAUUCCAGUGUCUAGGGAUCCUGCUGCUAUGGUGGCCAAGUACACAGACCCACUGGUAUAUACUGGACCCAUAAGGGUCCGAACGGGUCAUGAGAUUCUCCGCAUAUCCUCGUACUUGCUGCGAAACAUGAAGUCUGUCACUGUCCCAUUCCUGGUACUCCAUGGGACUGCUGACAGGGUCACUGAUCCUCUCGCCUCGCAGGAACUCUACAAUGUAGCAGCCUCAGAGUUCAAAGACAUAAUACUCUAUGAAGGCUUCUUGCAUGACCUACUUUUUGAACCUGAGCGCGAAGGGAUAGCAGGUGACAUAAUCAACUGGAUGGAGAAGCGAUUACAUUCCCGGUGAACAU